CCUCACUUCUCACUUACUUCCCCUGCUAUUAAUACUCCCUCUCAUACUUCCUCUCUCUCUCUCUCUCUCUCUAGAAACACGCUAAAGUGAACGAAAGCGUUCUUUUUCCACCGCAAAGAACUCUUCUUUCUUGGCCAUAUCACUUCUUAAAUGUGAAUGCUUAAUGGGUUUUCUUCACUUUCCAUUCACAACCAUGUUCGCCGUUUAGACAAGGAUAUCUGGGGUUUUCUUUACUCUGGUUUAUUGAUUUUCUGAAAUGGGGUUUUGAGGAGCUUUGCUCAGAAGCAGAUUUUUGGCAGUUUCGGGAGUGUUUGUUUGUUUCCUGGGAUUUUAGUGCAAUUCCGAAAUGAGGAGCAUUUAUGGAGUUUAUUUAGUAGCCUUGCUUUGCUUUGGGAUGUUUAUUUGCUCUUCGUGCCAGGAUGAUUCAAAGAAUAUUACAGCUAUUUAUAUCGUCACUCUUAAAGAAGCUCAUGAUUCUGUUCAUUACUAUGGUGAGCUGAGGGAAAAUCAUGGAGCCAAGUAUGGUUCUUCCGAGAGGUUGAGAGUUCAUAAACCAAGAAACAUUUCCAGAACAGAUCGGCGGUACAGUUCGUAUAUUGCUCGCGCUCACGAUUCAUUAUUGAGGAGGGCACUGAGAGGGCAGAAUUAUCUGAAGCUGUAUAGCUACCACUACUUAAUUAAUGGGUUCGCGGUGCUUGUUACACCACAGCAGGCAGAUAGGCUUUCAAGGAGGAGAGAAGUGGCUAAUGUGGUAUUGGAUUUCUCUGUUCGAACUGCAACCACUCAUACUCCUCAGUUUUUGGGUUUACCACAAGGAGCUUGGGCAGAACAAGGUGGAUAUGAAUCUGCAGGAGAAGGAAUCGUAAUUGGGUUUAUCGAUACUGGCAUUGAUCCAAAUCACCCAAGUUUUGCUGACGAUACAUCUGCUCGUCAGUAUCCAGUUCCUCGCCGUUUUUCAGGCAUCUGUGAGGUUACUCCAGAUUUUCCAUCUGGUUCAUGUAAUCGGAAGCUUGUUGGGGCUCGCCAUUUUGCAGCGUCAGCUAUAAGCAGAGGAAUUUUCAACUCUUCUCAAGACUUUGCUUCACCAUUUGAUGGUGAUGGCCACGGAACGCACACGGCUUCAGUUGCUGCAGGAAACCACGGCGUUCCGGUGAUAGUUUCAGGGCAUCACUUUGGGAAUGCAAGUGGGAUGGCUCCCCGUUCACACAUUGCUGUUUACAAGGCAUUGUACAAGAGCUUCGGAGGAUUUGCUGCUGAUGUUGUUGCUGCAAUAGACCAGGCUGCUCACGAUGGGGUCGACAUUAUAAGCUUAUCAAUAACUCCAAACAGGCGGCCUCCUGGUCUCGCGACAUUUUUCAAUCCCAUAGACAUGGCGCUGUUAUCAGCUGUGAAGGCUGGUAUAUUUGUUGUGCAAGCAGCAGGAAAUACUGGGCCGUCCCCGAAAAGCAUGUCUUCUUUUAGUCCGUGGAUCUUCUCAGUUGGUGCGGCUUCUCAUGAUAGAAGCUACAGCAACUCUAUAGUCCUUGGAAACAACAUUACAAUUCCUGGAGUUGGUUUGGCACCGGGAACGAAGAAAGAUACAAAGUACACACUAGUUUCUGCUGUUCAUGUGUUAAACAAUGACACAUCAGUUUCUGACGAUAUGUAUGUGGGUGAAUGCCAAGACUCUAGUAAAUUUGACUACGAUCUUGUCCAAGGGAACCUUUUAAUCUGCAGCUAUUCAAUACGAUUUAUUCUUGGUAUCUCCACAAUCCAACGGGCUUUGCAAACGGCAAAAAACCUAAGUGCAGUAGGUCUUGUGUUCUACAUGGAUCCUUUUGUACUUGGUUUCCAGCUUAAUCCAGUUCCAAUGAAAAUGCCCGGUAUCAUAGUUCCAUCACCCGAAAACUCCAAGAUUUUACUUCAAUACUACAAUUCCUCCUUGGAGCGAGAUGGUAAGAACAAAAUUUUCAAAUUUGGGGGUUCUGCUAGAAUUUGUGGUGGACUAAAGGCCAACUACAGUAAUUCCGCUCCCAGGAUUAUGUAUUACUCUGCUAGAGGACCAGAUCCAGAAGAUAGCUCUCUUGAUGAUGCGGACAUAAUGAAACCCAAUUUGGUAGCUCCUGGAAAUUUUGUUUGGGCUGCUUGGAGUUCUGCUGGAGGCGACUCGGUUGAAUUCCUCGGUGAGAAGUUUGCAAUGAUGUCUGGCACAAGCAUGGCUGCUCCUCAUGUUGCUGGGCUUGCUGCACUGAUUAAGCAGAAGUUCCCGAGCUUCAGUCCUGCGGCCAUUGCAUCUGCUCUUUCCACAACAGCUUCUCUAUAUGAUAAGAAUGGUGGGCCAAUAUUGGCUCAGCGUGCUUAUGCCGAUCCAGAUGUAAACCAGUCCCCUGCAACUCCUUUUGAUAUGGGCAGUGGCUUCGUGAAUGCAACUGCAGCGCUGAACCCUGGCCUGAUUUUUGAUGCCAGUUAUAACGAUUACAUGUCAUUUCUGUGUGGCAUUAACGGCUCGGUUCCUGUUGUUCGGAAUUACACCGGCCAAGACUGUUGGGUUUACAAUUCCACCAUUAAUGGUGCUGAUUUGAACUUACCCUCAAUCACAUUAACGAAACUUAACCAGUCGCAAACAGUCCAGAGAACGGUGACCAACAUCGCAGAGGACGACACUUAUAGUGUGGGUUGGAGUGCUCCUUACGGAGUUUCAGCGAAGGUUUCUCCAACUCACUUUUACAUUGCCAGUGGACAGAAACAGGUCUUGACCAUAGUCUUGAAUGCCAUACUCAACAACUCAGUUGCUAGCUUCGGAAGGAUUGGACUUUUCGGAAGUAAAGGUCAUGUAAUUAACAUUCCUUUAGCAGUCAUUGUCAAAACCACAUUUAAUACAACUAACAGCUGAAGUUUGAGGCUCAUGCUUUAUUAAUAUUAUUAUUUAUAUUUUUUUGUUUCCCCACCGUUUUCCCCUGUAGUUUGCAGUUUGUGGUUUCUAUCCUUUUGUUGGGUUUUAUUAUCUGCUUGCGUAGUUGGGCUUUAAUAAUUUUUUGAUUCAUUGCAUUGUAAAUGUUCUCAUAUAAAUUCUUAGAGCUGUUUGUAAUGUAGAUGCAGUAACUAAUAACACAAUGUGUUG